UAUAGAACUUUGUUCAGUUGUGUUUUUUUUGUCUGUUUCUAUGAAUAUUUGAAAAGGUACUUUUAGAGAAAUUUCAUAAUGUUUUACUUCAUUAUAUAAAUGAAUCAAAUUAUAAAAUAAAAAAAAUGAAAAAUUUUUUGAAAUUAUUUCUACUUUUUCUGAUAUCGAAAACAAUUACUGCAUAUAGUGUCGAAAUAUUAAAUAAAACAACAUGCACUGUACAACAUUUUGAAAGAUAUAAUUUAAAAUAUAAAUGCUUUGGUCCAAUAAUAAAUCCAAAAGAUGAAUGUAAAUUUUUCAUUAUUGACUUUAAAUCAACAAAUAAAUUAUUAGAAUGCUUUGGCUCAUCAUAUUGGGAUACAUUAAAUACAAAUGUUCCACUUUAUUAUUUUAAAAUAACAAAUUUAUUAACCAUUAAAAACUGUCAAUUAAAAAAUACAACAACUUUAAUAAAUAUCACAAAAUUAAUUGGUGCUGAAAAUACAAGAGAACUUCAUUUAAAAAUGUUUCGAAAAAAAAUUACAUAUCUCAAUGAUGAUUUAUUUCGUGGAUUUAAUAAUUUAAGAAAAUUAUAUAUUAUAAAUAAUUAUAAAUUGCGAAAUCUCACCGAUAAUACAUUUCAAUAUUUAACAAAUAUUAGAGGAAUUCAUUUAUCUAGUAAUAAAUUAUUAGAGAUACCGGAAAAUAUAUUUCAACCAUUGGCAAAUAAUUUGAAAUAUCUUAUAUUAUCAAAUAAUACAUUAAAAUUUAUUAAAUCAAAUACAUUCAGAAAUUUAAGAUUAUUAAAAAAUUUAUUAUUGGAUAGAAAUAAAAUAAAUAAUAUAACAUUUGAUAUGUUUCAAGAUUUAAUUAAUUUGGAAAAAUUACAUCUCGCUGGUAAUGGAAUAAAAACAUUGCCAGAAAAUGUUUUUUCUAAUUUAAAAAAUUUAAAAGAAUUAUAUAUUGGCUACAAUAAUUUGACAAGUAUUAGUGAAAAUAUAUUUGAAAAUUUGGAAAAUCUUAUAAUUCUCAGUUUAAAGGCGAAUUAUUUUAAAAUUCUUCCCGAGAAAAUUUUUCAUAAUUUAAUUCAAUUAAAAGUACUUUAUCUAAGCAGAAAUUAUUUGACAACAAUUUCCAAAUCAUUAUUAAAUAUAAGCAGUCUAGUAGUGUUUAGAGCAGAUGAAAAUUUAAUAACAACCAUUGAUCAAGAUGCUUUUGAUGUGGCAAAAAAUUUAACAGACAUCAGUUUGUCAAAUAAUGAAAUCAGUUUUUCUGAUUCUCAUGAAACUUCAGUUUUUUCAAAUUGUAUAAAUCUAAUGAAAUUGCAUCUUUCUCAUAAUAAUAUCACAACAUUUUACAAUGAUUGGAUUUUAUUAUCUAAACAUGAAUUAAAAGUAUUGGAUCUUAGUUUUAAUAAACUAUCAAUAUUUAUAAUUCCCAUCGAAUUCAACAACAAGGAAAAUUUUAAUAUUAACUUGUCAUACAAUGAAAUUAAAAGUGUUAUUCUAUUUAAUGUCGAUGAUGAUAAAUUUAAUUUGACAAAACAGGUUUCAAUUGAUUUAACAGAGAAUCCUAUUUUAUGUGAUUGUACAGUCUAUCCACUUUUAAAAUAUAUAAAUGGUUUAUUGACAAAAAGUAAGAUGUUAAAUUUAGAAACAUCAGAUUUACAAUGUCAUGGCCCUGAAAAUUAUGAUAAUAAAUUAUUGUCUAAUAUAAAUAUAAAUGAAUUUACUUGUGAUUUAUCAUUUGAGAAUUCAUUAAAAUGCAAUGUUACAUGUCCAAUGAAAGUGAAUUUAAAGAAAAAAAUAAUUUACUAUAAUUGUGAAAAUAGACGAAUGAAAUAUGCACCACAAGAAUUAUGUACAAUUCCAAAUUAUACAAUAGAAUUAAAUUUAAAUAACAAUUAUUUGAUAUCAUUCAAUUUUAUGUUUCGACCAAGUUAUAAAGAUGUUACAACUUUAUUAUUGUCACGAAAUAGAAUUAAAUAUUUUAACAGUAAAUUACCUUUUGAUCAUAAUAGUUUAAAGGUUUUAGAUUUGAGCAAUAAUCUUAUUAAUACUGUUAAUUUUAUGGAUGUUUAUAUAAUAAGACAAAAAUUAGAUGGCAUUAAACUUGGUGGCAAUCCAUUUAUUUGCGAUAGUAAUUAUUAUAAUUUACGUAAAUAUUAUUAUGCUAUUAAAGAUUUUUCUAAUUUAACUUGUAUGGAUAGAAGAACAUUUAUUGCUGAAACGCAAGAUUUAGAACGCAAAAAACCAUCUACAAUAUGCGAAUAUCCAAUUGAAGAUUUAUAUGAACUUUGGGGUAAAUUUUGUUCACGACCUGAAGAAGAAGUAGUAUUUUCAAAUGUAUCCAAACCACGUGAAAUUCAUAUGAUUAUUAGAGGCAUUAAAUUUAAUUCAAAUUCUACAGAAAAUGAAACUGUUGAUGAAGAAGUAGAAGAAGAUUAUGAAAAUGAAGAUGAUGAUAUUGAUGUUGAAAAUGUUGAUACUAAUAAUAAUAAUAAUAAUAAUAAUAAUAAUAAUAAUAAUAAUAAAAACGAUGCCUCAUCUUCAUAUACUACAUUAGAAAAUGAUGAUAAUGAUAAUGAUGAUAAUGAUGACAAUGAUGAUAAUGAUGACGAUGUUGAUGAUGAUGAAGAUUAUGAGGAAGAAGAACAAUGUGAAAAAAUGCCGUAUAAUAAUCACGCUAAACUAAAAGAUAAUGAAACAUAAAUAUAAUAUAAAUAAAUUAAUUUUCAGUUUACCAGAGAAUUAUGAUUUGGAUUAUAUAAUUAUAAUAUUUUGGAUUAUGUUGUGAUAAACUAAUCAGAAAAUAUAAAUGUUUCUAUUAAAAAUAGAAUUAAUUAAUCUACAUUAAGGAAUGUAUCAUGAUGAAUAAAAAAAUUCACACCUACAGAAUUGUGAAGAUUAAUAAAUAAAUUCUUUUAUUUCAAAGCAAACAAAGUGUACUGAAAUUAAAAAAAUAAAUAAACUAAUAAUAAAAAUAAAUAAAUGAUUAAAAUUAACAAUUCAUGCUUAAAAUCUUUUAAUUUUAUUAGUGAACAAACGGUAAAAAAAAAACUUCUAGUGGUAGGAUUUUUGAGUUAAAAUUCAGCCUCACCGUGGAAUUUUUUUUUUUUUUUAUAAAAAAUCGAUAUUUAUAUUGACUUUCUAGGGAAGGAAAUGCUGAAAUUCCAUUUCCACCUUUGGAAAUUCUCAUAUAUAGUACAAUAGUUUGUGUGAUAUAGAAAGUUGAGCUGCUGCGAGCAAACGGUUCGUCGAUUUUUGUCAGACUAAGAGGCGUUUUGUUGGUCGUGACACUUCUCCUAUAUAUAUAUAUACGUCUGUUAUGCUGCAAAACGCUAAGGAGAAAAUUCUAGUGGGGCCACAUGCUGUCCAUUAAAACCAUCUAUAUACCUUCUGUUUUUGUUGCGAUCGCAUUUCGCAAUAUCUGUCACACCACGAUUUAUUGUAUCUCAAUAUUAGGGUGGGGUUUAUUGUUGUAUAUACAUAUAUACAUAUUGAAUGAGCAUUUCUUUUGCGCUAUCGUCUACUGUCUUUCAAACGAUUUAUUGGGGUUAAAGAGUGAUUACACGGCCCACUAUUAUAUAUUGGAUCAAUAAAUAAACAUGUAAAAUCGA